AUGUUGAACAAAAUACUGUUUUCUUUUUGUCAAUUAUUAAUUAUAUCACAAACAUUGUUCUAUAUCAACAAUAAGUCAGUUUUUGCUGCUGAUGUAUCUGCAUUGACAAAAUGUCAUGAAAAGGGGUUUUGUCAUAGAAAUCGGAAAUAUGCGUCCAACAUUUCAAAAACUCAAUCCAAAUAUUAUAAAAUUAUCCCUGAAUCCUUGGAAUUUAAUAUUAACAAUCAUUCCUUGACUGGUAUAGUCCAGAAACAAUUUGUUAGUAAAGCCACAUUACAAAAAAUGGAGGAAGCAAAAGGACCAAAUGAAGAACUGGAUCAAGACCAAAUAUAUUAUGGACAAAAUGGACCAAUCCAUAUGGGCAAUAAUACAAACCCCAAGGAUGCAUAUAUCGAUAUCCCUAUGACCACUAUUAAGUUUCCAUUUUCUUUAGAUUUUUCAUCAGAAUACGACAACUUGUUUAGAUUUCAACUUGAUGAAGAAAGACUAAUUGAAAACAAGCCUUCCCUACCCAGUUUCUUGGAAUUACAAAGAUACAAUAAAGUUUCUGAUUGGAGUUUUGAAAAUGCAGAUUUUUUUAAUUAUAUUGGUAAAGAUACCGAAGAAAACAAUGAUUUAAUUGUGAACUUUAAAAAACUGGAAGGCUCAGGUUCAAACACUACCUCAGCCAGUGAUACUGAAGAUGAAUAUAUUGAAUUACUUUACAAAGAUAAUUUGAAAAUUGAAAUAUUUAUAGAAGUAUUAUUAAUCAGAGUAUAUUACAAAUCCAAAUUGGUACUAUCUAUUAACGAUCAAUUGUUUUUAAAUGUUGAACAUCUAAGAAAAAUGGCGGAUCACUUUGAAAACAUGGCACCAGAAGAGUUUUCCUUCAAAAGUUUCAAAGAUGCCUCCACUAGUGACAAGAUACCAUUUGGUCCAGAGGCAAUUGCUUUGGAUUUUACCUUUGAAAACAAUGUUACCAAUGUAUAUGGUAUCCCUGAACAUUCAAGUUCAUUAAGGUUGAAAGAAACUACUGAUGAUGAACCGUACCGAUUAUUCAACACAGACGUUUUCAAGUACCCUUUGAACUCUACCAAUCCAUCUUACGGUGCUAUACCUUUUAUGUUUGGUGUAUCUCCAGACUCUGCCACCGGUAUUUUUUGGAACAAUGCUGCAGACACAAGGAUCGAUAUUAAAUAUGAUAAUACUUCGACACUAACCCAUUGGAUGUCUGAAAGUGGUACUUUAGACUUUAUUAUCAUUUGUGGUGAUGGUCCGCAAGAUGUUAUUGGGUCAUUUACCGAUGUUACUGGGAAACCUGCAUUACCAUUACUAUCUUCAAUUGGUUACCAUCAAUGCAGAUGGAAUUAUUAUGACGAACAAGAGAUCGCAGAAGUUAACAGAGAUAUGGAUAUUGCUAAAAUUCCGUAUGAUUUUAUUUGGUUAGACAUCGACUAUACUGAUUCUAGAAAAUACUUUACCUGGGAUUCAUCGAAAUUUCCCGACCCUGAAAGAAUGCUACGCAAUUUGAAUAAACUAGGCAGAAACUUGGUAACAAUUAUUGAUCCACAUUUGAAAACGGAUUAUGAGGUUAGCAACUUAUUGGAUGAACAUGCAUGUCUAUUAAAAAAUAGUAAUAAUGAGAAAUAUAUAGGCCAAUGCUGGCCUGGUGACUCUGUGUGGAUUGAUACGUUCAAGCCGGAGGCUCGCGACUUGUGGUCUGAUUUCUACCAAAAUUUUACCAACAAUGACACAUCUAUAUCUAAUUUACAUAUGUGGAAUGAUAUGAAUGAAGUUUCAAUUUUUGGUGGUCCAGAAACCACUUCUCCAUUGGACAACAUCCACUAUGACGGGGUUGAAGAAAGAUCAGUUCAUAACCUAUAUGGACUAACUGUUCAUGAAGCGACAUACAACGCCAUGAAGAAAAGAUAUUCCAAAUUUAAUAAAAGGCCUUUUGUUUUAACAAGAUCAUUUUUUGCAGGUUCCCAAAGAUCUUCAGCUUCUUGGACUGGUGAUAAUGCUGCUGAUUGGGAGUAUUUGAAGUGGUCUAUCCCAAUGGUUUUAACUGCAAAUAUUGCAGGGUAUCCAUUUAUUGGCGCGGAUAUUGCUGGAUUUUUCGGCAAUCCAUCCCCAGAGUUAAUGGUUCGUUGGUAUCAAACUGGUAUAUGGUAUCCAUUUUUCAGAGGCCACGCUCACAUUGAUAGUGACAGAAGAGAACCAUAUUUAUUGAACUCUCCGUACAAAGAAAUCGUUGCGGAAGCUAUUAGACUAAGAUACCAAUUGCUACCAACCUUUUACACAUUAUUUCAAAAAUCGAGUGUUACUGGUGCACCAAUCAUGGCACCUUUAUUUUAUAAAAAUCAAGAUUUGUCCCAAAUUUAUAACGUUGAUGAUGAAUUUUAUAUAGGAGGAUUAUUACUUAAACCAAUUACUUCAGAAAAUACCAACAGUACCGUUAUGCUAUUUCCAAAGGGUGUUUAUUAUAACUAUACCACUUUCGAAUCGUUUGUAAUAAAAGAUGCAGUUGAAGAGCGGGAAGUUUAUGCGCCACUAGACACUAUACCAGUAUUUAUUGAGGGGGGGAAUAUAAUUUUCAGAAAGGAUAGAUAUCGUAGGUCAAGUAAAUUGAUGGUUAACGAUCCAUACACUUUAUUAGUUGCACCAGACAUUGAUGGUAACGCCUACGGUGAUUUAUAUGUCGACGAUGGGGAAACCUUUAAUUUCAAUGAAAAUAACGAAUAUUUGCAAAUAUCUGUUGAAUUAAAUGGUAGAGAAGGACUAUUGAAAUCCAGCGUAUUGAAUGGAUCCAAACAAUUUGAUCAGUAUGUUACUAAAAUUAUUUUACCUAAAACCCUGCUUUCUUUGUCUUCAGUUGUUUGCAUUGAACAAAAUGGUAAAAUGUGGGAAAGCGAUGUAGAAUUUACUGAGUAUGAAGCAGUGAUAAAAAACCCAAAGAUGUUGAUGAACCAACCUUGGUCAAUUAAAUUUUAG